AUGUCUGAAAAUAAUCAAUGCUUCCGCAAAAAGAACACACUGGAUUCUCAAGCACUUCAAAAAAAAUUUAAGGAUUUUACCAGGAAUACUUCUUGUAAAGUUGGUGAUCAAGCUUUGCUUCCUCUCGUGCUGAAAAGCAGUACUUCGAUUACAUGUGAUACUAUAGUUGAUCAAAUUUUAAGAAUUCAGGAUUCUUUUAAAGCAGCUAAAGGCAAAAUGGUUAAUGAAAAUGAUGAUGUUCUUUUUAAUUUGCACCCUUUUAAAAAAAAAUCCAUAAAGAAAAGAAAUUCGCUAAACACAUUUAGCAAUACCUACUUCAAAAGUAGAACAGAGUCUAUGUUAGUUUAUGAACAACAAAAUAACAAAUUUGAUAACAUGAAUAGUGUUGCUAAAAUUUUAGAAGAUUUGAAUAUGCUUGAAAAAGAGACUAAUCCUGAUACAAAGUAUUGGAAAAGAAGAAUGUUAUGCCAACUUUGUAAUAACAAAGAAGAAGCUAAAUUCUGUAAGCAAAACAUUUUUACUGAAAGUUAUAAAAGGAAGCUUGUAGUUAUUGCUGGAGCUACUGGCGAUAUAGGAUUUAAUAUUGCUAAGGCUUUUCUUAAAUAUGGAUACAAGAAGUAUGCAAUCAAGGUAAUUCGACAUGCUAACAGUGAAUAUCUUGAAGAGAAAAAAUUGAAAAGAGAAAAUAGAGCUAAAAGGUUAGAAGAAGAAGGUGCAGGCAUCGAGCAGGUAGACUAUAACAAACAUGACAAACUUGUCGAAGCUUUAGCAGGAGUGAGUUUUGUUGUUAGUGCUUUAGGAAUAGGCAGCAGAAAGCCAUGCUAUAAUGCGCAGAUAAAUCCGCUAAAAGCUGUGCUGGAAAUUAAUGAAAGAUUUGAAAAAAAUGAAAAAGGAAUAAAAAGGAUAGAAAGAUUUGUUCCAUCUGAGUUUUAUGCUGAUUAUACUUCUAUUGCAAAAGAAGAUAAAGAAAUAAUUACUGAUAAGGCGCUUUGGUAUGUUUUCGAAGAUAAGAAAGACUUUUAUAAAGCAUUAGAAACCAGAAAAUUUGUAAAGAAAACAGAGAUCAUGUAUGUUGCUUGGCUCGGAUUUGACACAACUACCAGAGAUUCUAACUUUUAUGCUGAAAGAGAUAAAAAAGUGACCCUUACGUCUUUUGCUGAUAUUGGCAGAUGUGUCGUAGAAUUGCUUGAUAACCAUAAAUUUGUUAACAAAGCUAUCAGAGUGAAUGGAAUUAGUUUAACUUUAGGAGAUGUACGCAAUAAGUUUGUUGCAAUCUACAAAAAAUUCGUAGCUGACACAGAAUGGUCAGACAUGUAUCAUUAUGAUGAUAUAACUAGUCUGAAUGCAAUUGAUAAUGAGGGGAUCAAAGUUUUGCAAGCUAGAAACCUAGAUUUAGGUCCUGGCACGUUAACAGAGAAAGAGCUAGGUUUUAAACUUGAUAAUGAUUUAGACAGAGUUAUUGAAAUUUUCAUUAGAACAAAUUCAAAAGAGCAGUUAGAUCUUAGUCAUUUGCAUGAAUUUCCAGAAUUGUUAAGCAACUUGUUUAUUUAG